AUGCUACAACGAUUGCUACGUGAUGCACGUGGUGCGGUAACAUUCAAAAUUGUUCCGUCAUAUCGUAGCGCUCCGCCAGCAUGUGAGAUAUUUGUCCGUGCACAAUUUGAUUAUGAUCCGGGACAAGACGAUUUAAUUCCAUGUCCACAAGCUGGUGUACCAUUUAAAACCGGCGAUAUUCUUCAGGUAAUAUCAAAAGAUGAUCAUAAUUGGUGGCAAGCGCGAUAUAUCUCUCAAUUUCCAGCUCUUGGAAAUAGCGGUCCAAGUGGUACCUGUACACCAGGUGCUUCAGUUGCUGGUUUAAUACCAUCACCAGAGUUACAGGAAUGGCGAACUGCUUGUUUAGCUAUGGAACGUGCUAAAGAUAAUAGUAGGACUUAA